GUCAUCACCGCCGAUCACAUGCAUAUUAAAACAAAAAACAAAAACAUAUGUGGCUGAAAGCUGAGCGGGGAUAAUUUUUUUUUUAGAUAAGGUAGAAGCCGGGCUGAAAUCCUAAGCAUCCCUUGCAUUCAAAAUAAUAAAAAAAAACCCGACGUCUGUAUGAUCGUCGUUUUGUAGACGGUUUUUGAAUGCUGGGUUUUGGAGAUAUGUUGACAUAGCCGUUCACGCGUUCGCAGCUGUCCCAGAAUAAAAGCCGUCCCUGUAUUUCUGGCCGGUUUUGGAUGAUCAUCAAAAUAAACUGUGCUGGAAUGCGGGCUGAAGUUGAGUAAGGGAAGUGUUCCCACUGUCCUGUGCUGUCCAGAACUAUGCUUGGGGGAAGGUGGGGCUGGACAGUGAAGUGGCCAAGCUCAUCGUUAGCGGAGACCCGCUGGCGGUGGUUGACAGCGACGAGCCCUAUGCAGAGCUGUGGAUGGGAGCCCACCCUAAGGGGGAUGCUCUAAUCAAAGACAACAGGAUUUCCCAGAGGACUCUGGGGCAAUGGAUAGCGGACAACCCUGGCAGCUUGGGGUCAAAGGUCAAGGACACGUUCCAGGGGCAGCUGCCCUUUCUGUUCAAGGUCCUGUCUGUUAGGCUUGCACUCUCUAUCCAGGCUCACCCGAACAAGGAGUUGGCGGCCAGACUUCAUGCUCAGUUUCCCGACCACUACCCAGACAAUAACCACAAGCCUGAAAUGGCCAUUGCCCUUACCCCCUUUGAAGGGCUGUGUGGUUUCCGACCUGUGGAGGAGAUUGUGAGCUUCCUGAAAUCCGUGCCGGAGUUCCACGCGCUGGUGGGGAACGAGGCUGCUGAGGAGCUGCAGAGCAGCGUGGGAGAUCCGGGCAGGGUCUCGGAGGCUCUGAAGAAGUGCUUCACCAGGAUGAUGAACUGUGAGAAGAAGGUGUUCGUUGACCAGCUCAACAUGCUGGUGAAGAGAGUUUUAGAGGACGCGGCAGCGGGAAAAGACACUUCAGGAAGUAACGGGGACCUGUUGCUAAGGUUGCACUCGCAGUUUCCUGGAGAUAUCGGCUGCUUCUCUAUCUACUUCCUGAACCGGGUGACUCUGGAGCCUGGGGAGGCCAUGUUUCUGGGGGCCAGUGAGCCUCACGCCUACCUGUACGGAGACUGCAUCGAGUGUAUGGCCUGUUCCGACAACACAGUGCGUGCUGGACUGACCCCCAAGUACAUUGAUGUGAACACACUGUGCGAGAUGCUGCACUACUCUCCUGCCCCGGCCAGCUCCAAAAUCUUCUCCUGCGUGCAGGACCCCUCGGAUCCCUGCGUCUUCCUCUAUGACCCUCCCGUGCCUGACUUCUCAGUCAUGAGGAUACAGAUCCCCGGGGCGGCCAAACAGUACACCCUGGCCCCCGUCGACUCGGCCGGGAUCCUCCUGGUCGUGCAGGGCGAGGCCACGGCGUCCUCGGCCGCCGCCCUCUCCGACGUGGCCCUCCGGAGGGGCUCCGUGCUCUUCGUCUCGGCCAACGAGAGCGUGGCCCUCCACCUGGGCUCGCCCGGCGGCAUGCUGCUGUUCAGGGCCUGCUGCUUACUGUAGCCCCCUGCACCUGCCUCCAGCCUGCGGACCCGGGUUCGCCAGCGCUGGGGGGCCGGCCCUUAGUUCAAUAGCUGUAGACUAGCUAGGGAACCUCCCGGUUCAAUCAUAGGCUCAAAACUGUUCGGCUGUUGUCAUACAGGAGAACUCAUGCGUUACUGAAGAACAAGGCGGUGGUGGGGGAAGCAGGGAUUAUGUUUACUACAUGGCGUCCACUUGAAAAAUGCUGCACUAAGGGGAAAGGGAUUUUCUUUGUUCCAUAAAUAAUGCAACGGGCAUGGGUUUUAUUUUAUUAUUUAUCUGUCAGGAGGAUGUAUUGAGAUAUCUCGUUUUUUUUUUAGAUUUUUGUUUUUUCAAGGCAUGCCUCCCACACCCACCUCUUACCUCAUGGGGGAGCUCCGUUCUUUCCUUUCCCUGUGCCUGCGCCGUCCAGAAAGCAUGUCCUGCUGGCAGAGUGGGAUAUUGCAUCCGUUUGCAUGGCUGCUGGGUUGCUUUGGUUGAAUAGAAGUCCCUCGAUUUAUUAUUCUCACUUUUUUUUCUUCCCUCUGAACAGUUUGCUUCCGUCCCACUGACCCCUGACAGCCCUGUAGAAUGAAAAACAGUCAUUGAAAUCUGGCUCUUCAGGGUGAUGCGGUGAAACAGAGUGCACUUCGCAACGUGUUCAGGGCACCUGCAUGAGCGUACAUUCACUUAACCCUGAAAAAUACACAUGGCUGCUCCCCUUUUUAACUUGGCUGUGCUGUCCUCAUGGUGCCCUGAACUGGGUUACUGAAAACAAUCAUGAACCUAAAACUGCACCCAUCCCUUCAUUUCAGAAUGUCAAAUAUUCCACGAGAACUGAAACAUUUUUUCAUGUUUCAAACGUGAAAACCAGGGGAACAUUCCUCAAAUGAAAAACAAAACUCACUAUUUUUCUUGUUAAGCCUUCCAGUUCAAAAUGUGGUUGGACAUCGAUAUGUGCAAUAUACAGGCAUAAACAAUACAAUAAACCAGAAAUAUAAUAUAUGACAACCUUAAUUCUAUAAUCUAACAUUAGACUUUUAAUAAGGAAAAUGGCUGGUGAGCACUGAGCACUGACACAUACUGGUUGACAUCAGAAGCAGAAGUGUGCUGGUGUUUGUUUCUGAUGGGAGUCACUCGUUCGUGGGUGAUGGUGGCGAUGCUUGUGAAGCUCCCAUCGGAUCUCCCUUUCCUUUUAUUGUCCCAGAUGGGAAGUUUGCUUUGCAGGAAGGUAAAGGACAUAACAAGAUACGCAAUGCAUUGAACAUGGAACACAUUGUUUACCAAAUAAGAGGCAUACGGGCAUGAUGAGAAAUGCAUAUAUAAAUAAAGUAAAAUAUACAAUCAGUUGUCCAGUUAAUCUUCCAAGUCUUCAUGUGAUGCAUCAGUAGGCCAAACAUCAACGUUGAAGUCCUGAAUUUCUAAGGCAGAAGCAGAUAGGAUGCUUCAUCUUCACUGGAUUUAAUUUCUGGAUUUCUUUCUAGGUGCGGGUCAUUAUUUUAGACACGUUGCAUGGCACUUUCCCAAGUUAUCAAAAAGUGUGAGAGCGGUUUAGUGUUUAGUUCUCACGUUUGUUCAUGAUCAUGUUUCAGCCUCUCCGAAGCCAGCUGAAUUCUUUGUUCUUUAAUUCUUUGGUGCCUUAAUUUAUUCUCCUGAAUGUCAGGUUGGUCAGCUUCAUGAAAAUCUGCUUCGGUUCACAGUUCACAGCUUCACAGUUCUCUUCUAAUUGUAACUCGUCUUCAAAACCCCAGAAAUCAUGGACAUACGUCAUCACCAAGCUCCUCCCAGCUGCCCCUUCUUCCUCUGGCCCCUGUAUACCACUCAUGUGGCUUUGCAUAAUUUUGCUCCUUGCUGCUGAAAACCUUUUGUGUGGCCAUCCUUAUACAGUAGGCCGUGCUUAAUAUGAAAGUCAUGUGCUGCUGAAACUCGGAGUGAAUGGGGAUGAGCAAAUUUUAGGGGGGCAGUGAGGGUACUGGAGCUCUUAGCUGUGACACGUGCAACAAGAGUGGGCAUCAGCGUAACAUUUUCUAGCCACGCCUGUCAAUAACAUGCCAACAAAGAACCUGAAAAAACAUGUUUAGCAAAGUUCUUCGGAUCUGGUAGUACUGAAGCAUGAUGAGCAAAAUAAGGAGGAUGCUCACAUAAAAUUACAGAUAGAGAGAUGAAGCUCUCCAGAGUGAGCUUCACACUUAAAGAAGCACGCUGAGGACGUGCAUUGCGAGAGUCUGCCUUUCGUUUGGCAAAUUUGCCUUCUGAAAUCAAGGAAAAGGGUGUACUCAAAAUAUUUCUUACCAAAAGUCUGAUGGCAUUGUUUGCUUUGUUUCUUGGUGAAUUUCGUAAGCUCCUGAUUUCUUAUGGAAGUCAGCAGAAGCCUGGUAACGUCUAGGUUUUUGCAUGGAAGAAUGUACUCAUUACAUGUUCAUGUUUUUGCAAAACAAACUGCUCGCGUUGCACAGGCGGUGAAUAACAGAACGGAAUGGCCAUUAAAAAGUUGUACGUCCACCUCACUAUCCUUCCUGCACUGCUGCGCCGUGUGUCCCCUGGGCUGAGUUGGCUGGCAGUGAAGCACACCAGAGGUCUCCUCUUUCUGAGGCUGUAUGGGGGGGGGGGAGGCCAGGUGAUAUAAAGUAUGAUGCUUUAAGCUUAAUCACCUGGACCAUCUGGAUUUCGCUAAGAUUUAUUGUUUAGUUUCUGUUUUGCUGUAUCUUAUUCCUUUUUAAAGAAUAUCUAGGUGAGGAAUUUCUUCCAUUUGAAGGAAUAUGAUUGAGGAGACAAUUGAUUUAAUGAUGGCACUGCUGCAAGUGUCCUGGUUGUUUGUCCCUUUUCCUGUCCCUCAGGUGCUUUAGGUCACCCUAGAACAACAAUGGAGAAUAAGGUUGGCUCACUCAACUUUAAUUUGACUAGUUUAGCACUUUGACUCAAUUUUACUUAAGAUGUUGAUAAUUGAAGUAGACCUAGAAAACCGUGUUGGAUUAUGCUUCUAGGUAAGAACUGGGGACACCAGCACUGCUGAGAUAUGCAAUCAUUCCCUCAUUAGGGAAUGGUUCCGUCCAACAACAGUGGGGUAAAACGGUGAAUCUGUGAUUGUUUCUCCCAAAUUAGGUUUUGAUUUGUAUGUAUAAAACCAUUAUGUCUUGUAGAAUUGCACUCAGGUUUGAUAAAUUAUUUAUACCUAUUUUUUUGGAAUGCUGUGUUUUGCCACAGGUACAGAAUGAAAGAAUGGAUUUUUGGAAUGAUAUUGCAUUCGAUGGCAUGCAUUUGUAAAGACAGCAUCUGUGUGUAAAACUCCCAAUAAAUAUGAACAGUG